CGGCGGCGCUCGGGGAGGCGGCGCGCUCGGGAACGCGGGGAGGAGGCGGAACCGCGCAGGGGCCACCUUAAGGCUGCGCUAGCCAGCCUCGGCGGGGCGGCUCCCGGCGCCGCAACCAAUGGAUCUCCUCCUCUGUUUAAAUAGACUAGCCGUGUCAAUCAUUUUCUUCUUCGUCAGCCUCCCUUCCACCGCCAUAUUGGGCCACUAAAAAACGGGGCUCGUCUUUUCGGGGUGUUUUUCGCCCCCUCCCUUGUCCCCGCUUGCUCACGGCUCCGCGACUCCGACGCCCGCAAGGUUUGGAGAGCGGCUGGGUUCGCGGGACUCGCGGGCUUGCACCGCCCGGACUCGGACGGGCUUUGCCACCCCCUCCGCUUGCCUGGUCCCCUCCCCUCCCCGCCCUCCCACUCGCCAGUCCACUUGAUCAGCGGAGACUCUCGGCGGCUGGGCAGGGGCUUCCCCGCAGCCCCUUCCCGCAGACCCUGCGCGCUCCUGUAGCUCGCCGUGGCUCGUCCGGGUCUGUGUCUUUUGGCUCCGAGGGCAGUCGCUGGGCUGCCGAGUGGGGUUCGGGCUGCGUAGGGGCGUUUUGUUUUGUUUUGAGAGUGCGAGAGAGGCGGCCGUACAGAUCCGGGGGGAAGAUGUCAAACGUGCGAAUGUCUAACGGGAGUCCCAGCCUGGAGCGGAUGGACUCCAGGCAGGCGGACCACCCCAAGCCCUCGGCCUGCAGAAACCUCUUCGGCCCGGUGGACCACGAAGAGUUAACCCGGGACUUGGAGAAGCACUGCAGAGACAUGGAAGAGGCGAGCCAGCUCAAGUGGAAUUUCGAUUUUCAGAAUCACAAGCCCCUGGAGGGCAAGUACGAGUGGCAAGAGGUGGAGAAGGGCAGCUUGCCUGAGUUCUACUACAGACCCCCGCGGCCCCCCAAAGGCGCCUGCAAGGUGCCGGCUCAGGAGAGCCAGGAUGUCAGCGGGAGCCGCCCGGCGGCGCCUUUAAUUGGGGCUCCGGCUAACUCUGAGGACACCCACUUGGUAGACCCAAAGACUGAUCCGUCCGACAGCCAGACGGGGUUAGCGGAGCAGUGCGCAGGAAUAAGGAAGCGACCUGCAGCUGACGAUUCUUCUACUCAAAACAAAAGAGCCAACAGAACAGAAGAAAAUGUUUCAGACGGUUCCCCGAAUGCCGGUUCUGUGGAGCAGACGCCCAAGAAGCCUGGCCUCAGAAGACAUCAGACGUAAACAGCUCGAAUUAAGAAUAUGUUUCCUUGUUUAUCAGAUACAUCACUGCUUGAUGAAGCAAGGAAGAUAGACAUGAAAAUUUUUAAAAUACAUAUCGCUGACUUCAUGGAAUGGACAUCCUGUAAUAAGCACUGAGAAGCAACAACACAAUAACACUAAAAUUUUAGGCACUCUUAAAUGAUCUGCCUCUAAAAGCAUUGGAUGUAGCAUUAUGCAAUUAGGUUUUUCCUUAUUUGCUUCAUUGUACUACCUGUGUAUAUAGUUUUUACCUUUUAUGUAGCACAUAAACUUUGGGGAAGGGAGGGUGGGGUGGGGCUGAGGAACUCACAUGGAGGGGGGGUAUGAAGAGCUUGCUUUGAUUUACAGCAAGUAGAUAAAUAUUUGACUUGUAUGAAGAAAAGCAAUUUUGGGGAAGGGUUUGCAUUGUUUUCUUUAAAGAUGUAAUGUCCCUUUCAGACACGGCUGAUAGUUCAUAUAAAAAAUUGCCAAAAUUUGAACACUGGCUAAAGAUAAUUGCUCUUUAUUUUUAUAGGAAGUUUAUUCUCACUUGGUGAUCUGGUGAUCUCCUAAGUUAUCUAAAUUGUUAGAUAGCUGUGUAUGGCUUUUUAAUAAAAGCAAAAAAAAUCUACCCUGAGUGUCCUCCACAGCCUCUCUUAAAAGUUGGAAUUUCACAGUUAAUUAUUUAGUGGACUGGUAAUCACUCCAGGUGGUUUGGGGCAAAAAUUCGAGGUGCUUGGGGGGAGUUCUGAAUGUUCAGAAUUGACCAUCUGCGUUCAUUCAAUUUGUUGACAAAAUUUCUUCAUUUUCUUUUCAUUUUGAGCUGUGUAAGCACAGUCAAAAUAAUUCUAAAUCCCUUGAUAUUUUUAAAGAUCUAUAAUUUCACAUUAAAAAAUGAAAUAAUUUUUAAUUUAAAGCUUCCUACUCUGUCCAUUUAUCCAAAGGAAAGUGGUAUUUUUAAAGAAAGGUUCCUGCAGAGAAAAUCAUACUUGUAGGAUUAAGUGAAAAGGAUACUACAUCUUUAAACAGUAUUUCUUUGCCUGUGUAUGAAAAAACCAUUUGAAGUGUACCUGUGUACAUAACUCUGUAAAAACACUGAAAAAUUAUACUAACUUAUUUAUGUUAAAAGAUUUUUUUUUUUUUUAAUCUAGACAAUAUACAAGCCAAAGUGGCAUGUUCUGUGCAUUUGUAAAUGCUGUACUGGGUAGACUAGGUUUUCUUCCUCUUUUGUUAAAUAAUAUGGCUAUGCUUAAAAGGUUGCAUACUGAGCCAAGUAUAAUUUUUUGUAAUGUGUGAAAAGGAUGCCAAUUAUUGUUACACAUUAAGCAAUCAAUAAAGAAAACUUCCAUAGCUA